UUUUCCUCCUCCUCCUCCUCUCCUUCAUCCUCCUACCCCCCCCUCGUCUUGCCGCUGAUGUUUCACACCCACCGGGCCAUUGGCUCCCGAGACGUUGUUGAGUUUCCAAUGUCCUCUCCUGGGUGGAGGGACCACAAUGUCCGGUGGAAAACAAGAACCAGGAAAGUACUAUGUGGGCGUGGACGUUGGAACCGGCAGUGUCCGUGCAGCUCUGGUAGAUGAGAGUGGAGUCCUUCUGGCUUUUGCAGACCAGCCAAUUAAGAAGUGGGAACCCCAGUUCAACCACCACGAGCAGUCCUCUGAGGACAUCUGGGCCGCGUGUUGCAUUGUCACAAAGAAAGUUGUACAAGGGAUCGAUUUAAACCAAAUUCGAGGACUUGGGUUUGAUGCCACGUGUUCUCUGGUUGUUUUGGAUAAGGAGUUUCGUCCUUUACCAGUAAACCAUGAAGGGGAUUCUUGUCGAAACGUCCUGAUGUGGCUGGACCACCGGGCGGUCAGUCAAGUCCAUCGGAUCAACGAAACCAAGCAUAGCGUUCUCCAGUUCGUUGGGGGCGUGAUGUCUGUGGAAAUGCAGGCCCCGAAGCUUCUGUGGCUGAAAGAGAACUUGAGAGAGACUUGCUGGGAUAAAGCAGGACACUUCUUUGAUCUCCCAGACUUCUUAUCAUGGAAGGCAACAGGUGUCACAGCACGUAUGAAUAUUCUACACCUCUAUUUCCUGGUGUCUGAUGCCAUAUUUAGACACCAAGGAGUGGCCUUUUUGAAGCUAGCUCUGGCUCAGGUAGAA